AUGGAACUUGAUUCAUCAAACUCUUCUACAUCUUAUGCAUCAAUACGUGAUAUCAGUAAAUUUCAAUCAGAAGAAGAAAUACUUUUUUCAAUGCAUUCGGUUUUUCGAAUUGGUGAUAUCAAACAAAUCAAACAUCAAUUGUGGCAAGUUAAUCUAACACUGACUAUUGGUCAUGAUCCCCAAUUGAAAUGUCUGACCGACUUCAUAAGAGAUGAAAUUAAUGUGCCGAAUGGAUGGCUUCGUCUAGCUUUAUUGAUGGAGAAGAUGGGUAAAUUCGAAAAAACGCUCGAAAUACUUAGUACUGUACUCCAAACCAAAUCCUUUCAAGAGAUAGAUGUGGAUUAUUUCUCAAAGCCUGAUCUCAUCGUUUUCAUUUCUAAUAUAAAAUUCACGUUGGGAAAUUACACUGAUGCGUUCGCAGAUAUUCAGACAGCACUGGAAGUUCGUCAAAAAUUUGCUCAACUCGAUGAUCCAUUUCUAAUAAUGUAUAACUAUUUAAUCGGUAAAAUAUAUCAAUCAAUGGGUAAUUACGAGAUGGCAGUGUUAUAUCACGAACAAGCACUUGAAAAUUACCGAAAAUGUCAUCCAUCAGAUCAUCAAAGUCUAGCUGAAAUUUACAGCAGCAUUGCUGCUACGCAUUAUUCCACAGGAGACUAUACAAUGGCACUAUCCUUUUAUGAGAAAGCACUUGAAAUUUAUCGAAAAUCUCUUCCAUUAGAUCAUCCAAAUCUAGCUCUAAAUUAC